GCGUAUGGCGAGAACUUUUGGCGUCUGGGUUGGAGACACGAAUACAGCCGAAUUUCUGUGCGCUGUGAACCCCGGUAGAUUCGCUCCUAUUGAUUGCGCGGCAGUGUGUAGAUUCUUCUGACUAAAUCGUAUUGCAAAGCAUUUUUUUCUUUUCUGUGUUUGCUUUGUGGCAUCGAUAGCGAUUACAACGAUUGGUGACAAAUUGUGAGAAAAUCUGCGAUAAGCAAGAACGAGGAAGAACGAGAUGACACCAGAAGGAUAUACACGCGUUUAUGUGGGUGGAUUGAACGAGAGCAUCAAAAAGGAAGAUCUGCAAAUGGAAUUUGAAAAGUAUGGCAAGUUGAACAAGGUGUGGGUAGCCUUCAAUCCACCAGGCUUUGCCUUUAUUGAGUUUUUCAAUAUGAAUGAGGCUGAAUUAGCGUGCUGCAAUAUGAACGGCAUGGAAAUUAUGGGUGCAAAAUUAAGAGUGGAGAUUUCACGGGGUAGAGGUCGCGGUGGGAGGGGCGGAGGUGCAGGUGGUUUCAGAGGAAAUCGGGGAGUUGGCGGUAGGGAAUUUGGUUCUCGAGGUGGUACGACCAUGGGUUAUAGAGGCAAUACCUAUACAGAUUAUGGAGGCAGUUACUAUGCAGGCAGGAGUGGCACAAAUAGAGGCAGAGGCCGUUAUGGAGAAGAUUAUAUGUUCAAUCGCAGCAGCGGGUAUGUUACGCGAGAUGGAUAUACACAAGAUGUCUAUGGUGGUAGUAGCGGGGACACUGGUGCCGACUACUACACCGGAAAGGAUACAAGUACAGCAAGGUAUCGAAGCCGCUCUCCCGCUGGCCGUGGCAGUCAUCGUCAUCUACGUGAAUGCACAUAAAAGAACUACGCUGCAUCUUGCCAAUCUGAACUGCGGGCCGAUCAGCCACCCGCCUCGACGACUUCAUUUCUGUCCAAUCUACACACAGCGAUCUGUAUAUAGACAAGAACUACCAUUGCAGUUUGCGCUGUGCAAUAAUUUCCCUGCAUUGUACCAUUUCUAUACAACUUGUGGUCGCUGUUGGGAUAUACUUCCUA